CUAGAGAACGACCUGGCGCUUUUACCUCAGACGAGUCGGGGACGCGGGGUCCACGGACCUGAAGCCCCAGGACGCCUCCUGAGACGGCUUAGCCACGGGCCUCUCUCGGCGCCAGGCGACGCCUGACCCCGUCGGGCCUCACGGCGCGAUCCAACAGGCCCGAAGCAAAACUCCGCCAGCCGCCUGCGCUUUCACGCUGAGGGUCGGGACCGCGGCCGUGCGCCGGGGAUGGCGGUGACAGUGACGCUGGAGCCGGCGGGCCGCUGCCGCUGGGACGAGCCGGUGCGCAUCGCCGUGCGCGGCUUGGCCCCGGGGCAGCCGGUCACGCUGCGCGCGUCCCUGCGCGACGAGAAGGACGCGCUCUUCCGAGCCCACGCGCGCUACUGCGCCGACGCCCACGGCCAGCUGGACCUGGAGCGCGCGCCCGCGCUGGGCGGCAGCUUCGCGGGGCUCGAGCCCAUGGGGCUUCUCUGGGCUCUGGAGCCCGAGAAGCCUUUUUGGCGGUUUCUGAAGCGGGACGUGCAGACGCCCUUCGCCGUGGACCUGGAGGUGCUCGAUGGCCACGACCCUGACGCCCAGCGGCUCCUGGGCCGCGCGGUGCACGAGCGCGACUUCCUGGCGCCCGGGGUGCGGCGCGAGCCCGUGCGCGCGGGCCGGGUGCGCGCCACGCUCUUCCUGCCGCCGGGACCAGGACCUUUCCCAGGGAUCAUUGACAUCUUUGGUGUUGGAGGAGCCCUGUUGGAAUAUCGGGCCAGCCUUCUGGCUGGCCAUGGCUUUGCCACGUUGGCUCUAGCUUAUUGUGAUUUUGAAGAUCUUCCCAAGAAAUUCGACACCAUACACCUGGACUACUUUGAAGAAGCCCUGUGCUACAUGCUUCAACACACCCAGGUAAAGGGCCCUGGCAUUGGACUUCUGGGCAUUUCUUUAGGGGCUGAUAUUUGUCUCUCCAUGGCCUCAUUUUUGAAGAACAUCUCAGCCACAGUUUCCAUCAAUGGAUCUGGCUUCAAUGGAAACAAAGCCAUAUACUACAAGGAGAAUAGCAUUCCACCACUGGGCCAUGACCUGAGGAGAAUGAAGGUAGCUUUUUCAGGCCUCCUGGACAUUGUGGAUAUAAGGAAUGAUAUUGUAGGGGGAUGUGAGAACCCCUGCAUGAUUCCAAUAGAGAAGGCCCAGGGGCCCAUCCUCUUCAUUGUUGGUCAGGAUGACCAUAACUGGAGGAGUGAGUUAUACGCCCAGAUAGCCUCUGAACGGUUACAGGCCCAUGGAAAGGAAAAACCCCAGAUCAUCUCUUACCCUGGGACUGGGCAUUACAUUGAGCCUCCUUACUUCCCCAUGUGCCCAGCUUCCCUACACAAAUUAUUGGACAAACCUGUGAUCUGGGGUGGGGAGCCCAGGGCUCAUUCUAAGGCCCAGGUAGAUGCUUGGAAGCAAAUUCUAACCUUCUUCACCAAACACCUUGGAGCUUGUCCCAAAUUGUAAUGCCCCAAAUUGUAAUUGGUCUGUUAUUGACAGGAGAGAUUCAAGGUCAGAUUUUAGUGUUUAAUAAUCUUAUGUGAAUCACUUGUCCCCUGGAUAACAUUAAAUUCAUGUCAUUGGUAUUAAUGCUAUAUUUUAGGUAACUUUUUUGAGAUUAAUUUUGUCAUUAAUUUUUCUAAUGUAACA